AUGGCUUUGGCUGCUGUUCUUUCAGCGAAGCACAAACUAAACCUUCUUUUCGAAUCAUCCCGACGCAGAUUUUAUUGGGAAAAAAUGAGUUUCAUCCACUACAGACUUCAACACUUGGAAUCAGUUACAGAGAGUCGAGCUUCGAUGCGGGGGAGGGAGCUAAGGUUCGAUCCUUUGGAGCAGCAAAUUGAAGACGCAGCAAACAAAAUCGCAGAUCUGGUCGAAUCCCGCAGAGCUUCAGAUCUCCAAUCUCAAGAAAACCCUAAAGACGACGACGAUGAUGAUGAUAAUCCCUUCUUCUUCCGACAACUGUUCGAUUUGGGCGAAGAACUCUCUUCCUUUUCCGAAAAGAUCCGCUCGGAGUUACCAACAACGUCAAAAGAAAUCGAGCAGGCCUGGAACUAUUUAGCCGAAACUUCAUCGACAAUCUGUUACCCUCGUGUCGAGAGCGGCGAGCUUGUGGGGUUGAAGGAUGAGCUCCGACAACUAACGAAUUGGCUAACGGGAGGACCUGAUGAGCUCCAGGUUAUUACAGUCGCAGGCAUGGCUGGCAUUGGUAAGACGACUCUGGUCCAACAAGCUUAUACCCGUCCAUCCAUCGUAUCCCAUUUCGACACACGAGUCAUGGUCACAGUUGGUCCGAAAUUCAGUCUGCAAGAACUUCUAAUGGCUGUUUCGAACAACCUCGUAGUUGAUCUACAAGUGCACAGCAAGUUAUCGGAUCGUGAAUUACAAUCACACGUUUGUAGAUUUCUAGAGCAGCGAAGGUACCUAAUUGUGUUGGAUGAUGUUUGGCACAGUAGUGUUCUCUUCCCGCUCGAAGAAUGCUUCCCAAAAAAUUUCACCCGAAGUCGGAUUGUGGUGACAAGUAGAGUCAAUCGCGGCGCCCCUGUUCUUAAGAAAGGAUUUCUAGACGACGAAGAUAGUUGGCGUCUACUCCGUAGAAUGGUAUUCGGGCAGGAUCCGAGAGAGUCGUGCUCUUUCGAACUUGAGAAGGUCGGGAGGGACAUUGCCAAGAACUGCGAAGGACUUCCUUUGGCGAUCGUUUUGGUCGGUAAGCUCUUGUGCCGUAAUGAGAGAGCCGUAGAAAUAUGGAAGAAAGUCGCCGAGGACGAAAAUCCACUCGGGAUAGGCAUUGAUAGCGACUCGCCUAUCUCAAAGUCCCUCUCUUUGAGUUACGGCAUGUUGUUCCGGUAUCUAAAAUCAUGCUUUCUCUACACGGGAGUGUUCCCGCAAAGUUACAAGAUCUUUACCUCCGAACUUCUUAGAUUAUGGACUGUCGAGGGAUUGGUAACACCGAACAGAUGGCCACAAGAGGAGCUAUCCGUCGAAGAAACCUCCGAGCUAUGGUUGGAUAAACUUAUUUCGCAAAGCGUCGUUUUAGCUCAAAAGAAAAGCUUGACUUUGGGUAAAACUAAAGCGUGUCGAAUACAUGUUGUGUUUCGCAAUCUUUGCAUUAGUAUAGCCGAGAAGGAGAAGUUUUGCCAUGUCUUAAAAAAAUACGCGUAUAGCUUUCCUCGUGGCACAAAUCAUCAUCGACGGUUGUGUAUUCACAACAAUGUUAUGCUCGCGAUUAAGGAAGUGCGCAGCACUAUGGAGUCGAUCGCAUUCGUGCGUUCGCUGCUCUGUUUAGGGCUCUAUCAUUCGUAUCCUUUGCGGAUACACUUAAACUUCGGGAGGUUGGAGGUUGUAAAUGCGCUCACGAUUCGUUUCUACACAUUCCCCUGUCAAAUACUAGAGCUCGUUUGCUUGAAGUACCUAGCCGUCACAUACGAUGGCGAGCUCCCAAAUUCCAUAUCCCGACUACGGAAUCUCGAAGACCUCAUCAUUCGUCGACAUUUCACAAUCAAACACCCGUACGGUGCCGUAUAUCUUCCUGUCUCGACGUGGGAUUUGAAGCAGCUGAGGCACCUCCGAUGCAGGGGAUUCGACUUGCCUGAGUCUUGUACUAACAGCGCCACCCUCGAACACCUUUUGUCUGUAUUGGGUGUGACCAGCUGCAGCUGCACCGAUGGAGUUCUUGCAAGAAUCCGUAAGGUAAGAAAGUUAGGAGUUCGAAUUGAGUUGGCGCCAGGCAAAGAAGAAACCUUCCAAUUCCUCGGAAAUGUUGACAGGAGGCUGCGUUACCUUUCAUCGUUCAAAUGCGUUGUUUCGGGUCUCAACUCUCGAGUUGUUUCAGAAGUUCCCGACUUCCCUCAAUACGUUCGAAAGCUAACAUUGAGCGGCUGCAAACUGCCAUGGAAGUCCAUAGCAGCCAUCGGAAAACUGCCAUUUCUGUAUGUACUAAAACUUCGAUGCAACGCCUUCCACGGCUGGUCCGUUUGGGAGCCAUGUGACGGGGGGUUUCGCCGGCUAGAGUCUCUGCUGCUUGAUGACAUGAAUCUCGAGGUGUGGAUUUCGGAACACAGCCAUUUCCCAAGACUUAAGCGCCUGAUCAUCAGACACUGUUACAAAUUGCAUGAGAUUCCUCUGUGCUUUGGGGACAUGGAAUCGCUAGAGAUGAUAGAGGUGGAAGAUGGACGGCCCUCUCUUGCCGAAUCGGCUACACACAUAAUGGAAAAUCACCGCCGGAAAUUCGGGUGCCACCAUCUUCAAGUUAUUAUCCAUUCUUCGUGGGGCGACAAGGAAAAGGCUUAG